AUGUCCGCCGAGAACAUGGGGCCCGGACCCGGGCCGGACCCGCAGGCGGGACCCAGGCCCAGGCUUGGGUCGGGGUCGGGGUCGGGGCCGGAACCCGGGUCCGAACCCGGGUCCGAACCCGGACCCCUCUGCCCGGAGCACGGCCAGGCUCUGAGCUGGUUCUGUGGCUCCGAGCGACGCCCGGUGUGCGCCGCCUGCGUGGGGCUGGAUGGCCGCUGCCGGGGGCACCGCACCCGCCGGGCCGAAGAGCGCGCGGAGGAGCUACGGAACAAGAUUGUGGACCAGUGUGAGCGGCUGCAGUUACAGAGCGCUGGCAUCACCAAAUAUGUGGCUGAAGUCCUGCCAGGGAAGAACCAGAGAGCAGUGAGCAAGGCCAGUACAGCACGGGAACUGGUCAUCCAGCGACUGGGUCUCGUGAGGAAUCUGUGCGAGAAUGAGGAGCAGCGGUUGCUGGAACAGGUGCACGGCGAAGAGGAGCGGGCCCACCAGAGUAUCCUGACGCAGCGAGCACACUGGUCCCAGGCGCUGCAGAAGCUCGACACCAUCCGCACCAGCCUGGUGGACAUGCUUACCCAUCUGGAUGACCUCCAGCUGAUUCAGAAGGAGCAAGAGAUUUUUGAGAGGACUGAGGAAGCAGAAGGCAUUUUGGAUCCCCAGGAUUCGGAAAAGUUGAACUUUAAUGAGAAGUGUAUUCGGAGCCCACUACUGACACAACUCUGGGCAACAGCCGUUCUUGGGUCCCUCUCAGGUGCUGAGGAUGUGCGUAUUGAUGAGAGGACAGUCAGCCCCUUCCUGCAAUUGUCAGACGAUCAAAGGACCCUGACCUUCAAUGCUAAGAAGUCCAAGGCCUGUGCAGAUGGCCCGGAGCGCUUUGACCACUGGCCCAAUGCCCUCGCUGCCACCUCCUUCCAGGCCGGGCUGCAUGCUUGGAUAGUGAACGUCCAGAACAGUUGUGCCUAUAAGGUGGGCGUGGCCUUAGGUCAGCUGCCCCGAAAGGGUUCUGGCAAUGACUCCCGUUUGGGCCACAACGCCUUCUCCUGGGUCUUCUCUCGCUACGACCAGGAAUUCCGUUUCUCGCAUGACGGGCAACACGAGCCCCUGGGGCUGCUGUGCUGCCCUGCCCAACUGGGAGUGCUGCUGGACCUGCAGGCUCAGGAGCUGCUGUUCUAUGAGCCAGCCUCGGGCACCGUGCUGCACACUCACCACGCGUCCUUCCCUGGGCCCCUCUUCCCAGUCUUUGCUGUGGCAGACCAGGCCAUUUCCAUUGGCCGCUGACCUUUGGCCCCAGAGAGCUUGGUCGACCUCCCUAACACUCUUUCAGGCCACAUUUCUAUCCCGUGGCUUUUUCUUGAAUGUUGCCUGGGCUUAAUGGGCAGCUUGAGAGGGGGUGGGGUUGUUUCAGAUCUGGGUGCAGUUGUUAAACAUUGGGUGUCUCCAGGGCAGGGGACCUGCUGCUCCCUGGGCCUUAGUCUUCCAAUCCCACUGUGCACCUGCCCCUCUGAUGGUGUCUUAUUCACUACGUUGUCUCUGACAUUCCAACAUGGUGCCCGGUGCAUAGUGAGUAUGCAAUAAGUAUUUGGUGAGUGAGCUUAUGGGUGGAUGGAUGGAGGGAUCGAUGGACAUAUGGUGACCGGGUAUCCAGGUUACUGGGUACAUAUGAUAGAGUCUUCUGGAGGAACACUGCCUUUCAGCCUCCUGUCCAUCAGUGUGUAGAAGUGGUUCUCUGGCAGAAAAGUCUGUAUCUGAAGCUCUUUGAUCUCAAUUCAGUGCUUCUCAAACCUUUUCAUGACAUGGACACAUAGAGGAAAUAUUUUUCUAGAAUACAAGGACAACCUGGAAGGAAUUUCAAACUCCUGCCAGGCUGCUCAGGGCCAAAGGACUCAUUCCCCAGUUCCUGCCUAGCCCUGAGGUCAACCAUGGGGGUCCUAUCUCUAGGUAGCCUGACGAUAACACAACCAUUGGCAGCUGAGCUCCCGCCUGUGCCCACCAUGGUACAGGAAGGAGGGCUGCUGCUGAGGAGGGCUUCCAGCUAGCAGCCCCGCUGGCAAAGUGGAGAGUUGGGGCAAGGGCUCCUAGUCAGAAAGAGCCGAGGGAGCAAGAAGACCGGCCGUAGGGAUCAUGCACAUUAUUAAAGGUUUUAAAAGACUAAAAACUCCAUGUUUGCUGGUCACUGGGUGGGCACUGGAUGCAGGCAUGUCUUCAGUGCCCAGCUUGGAUCUUAAGCAUGCAUUUGCUAGGCAACUAAUGUCUUCUCACCCUCAGCCACAUUCCCAGAAAAUAAGGGAGUGGCAACUCAGCAUGCAUGUCCCUAAGAGCCUGGACACCAUGGGCAGUUCCCCUUCCAGUCUCUCACUGUGCUCUCACAUUUUGUUUACUCUGGGAACACAGCUCAGUCUUGUCUUCAACUUCAGGUUCCUGGGCCCAAAGAUUAGGAGGCAGAACCCUCCCCUUCCUACCUCUAAGUGUGCUCAAUAAUUUGCUUAAAACACUGGAUAGAUUAAAUCCAGUCCACAGACAUAUGGGCACCUUUUGGCUGAGAUGAUUUCUGAGACGGGUCACCACCUGUGUCCUCACUGCCUGGCACUUGGGAAUUAAUGUCGAGUCACUUGGCCUUGGCAUCAGGCAUAAGGCAGACAGAUCCAGAAGAGGUGUAGCCAAGUUCGAAAGUUUGCCUCUGCCCUCAAGCCUGGGUCAAAGCCAAACUCUUCUGCUGGGCACCCAAAGGUCCCCAUGUCAUGCCUCCCAAACUAUCCCUCUUAGCUCCCCACAGCAGCCUUUAGUCCAGGUUCUGGGCCUGCUGUGAGGAAUGCCCUCUUCUUGUUCUGCCUGUCUGAACAGCACCCUCCAUUCAGGGUCUACUCCAGAGCACACCCUGGCUGUUGGCACCAGAACACACUGUGUACGUGCCUAUGUGUCCUCACCUGUGAUGUCUCGUGCCAGGGGUGUGUGAAGAAGGGAAAGGCAAGAAGAGACAUGGAACUCAACCUACUUCUUCAAUCUCCAGCAGUUCUCACUUCCCUACACUCCUGCCCCUCCAGCUCUGGUUUCUGUCCCCUGUGCCUUUCUACCCCCAUGCUAAUCCCUAUGACUGCAGGGUCUCUCAAGAUCAGAUCUACAUCCUCCCAGGACUGGCACUGUGCUGUCUCAUGUGACAUAGACCUCUAUCCACUUGUAGCCUAAUAGUCAAGUCAGUGGGCUCUGGAGUCAGACAUUCCUAAAUAGGAACCCCAGCUCCCUCAUGUAUUAGCUGUGACCUCAGGCUACUUGAACACUGAACCCCAUUCCUCAUUUUUAAAGUGUGGGUCACACCACCCACUAGGAACCACUGGGGGUUAUGUAUCAUACA